GCUAAUUAAAAUGUAAAUAACCUACCAGCUUGAACAGAACCGCUUACCGCAGCGGCUUAGCCUGUGUCUCAUCAAUUUAGCAUCUGUUCCUUAGCAGGGUACACAGGACUAUAAAACCCACGAUAAAACAUGGAGGGGGAAGCAUGCUUGCAGGAGCAAGCUAAAGGGAUUACGUGCACAAGAUUUGAUGCUGCUUAGUCGUAAUCCUAGCUUGUGCGGUCAAUUAAUGCUCAGAUCUCUGAGACUUUCUUCCAGGGAAAUUUCACAUUUGUCAGUGCUCCUACUCUUUUUUUUUCUUUUUUCCAUUCUCUCAGUGCGCUAUUACCAUAGUGAGAGACUUCUUUUGCAGGUUCUUUGGAAAUCCUACAUCGACUUUGAAAUUGAGCAAGAAGAGUAUGAGAAAACAAGAAACCUUUACCGCAGAUUACUUCAGCGGACGCAGCAUGUUAAGGUAUGGAUCAGCUUUGCGCAGUUUGAGCUCUCUGCAGGGAGGGAGCAGAAUUUGUCAAGAUGCCGGCAGAUUUAUGAAGAGGCUAAUAAGGCAAUGCGAAACUGCGAGGAGAAAGAGGAGAGAGUCAUGCUUCUGGAAUCCUGGAGGAGCUUUGAAGAGGAGUUUGGAACAGAUACCACUAAAGAGAGGAUAGAUAAACUUAUGCCUGAGAAAAUAAAGAAGCGGAGGAAACUGCAGGCUGAGGAUGGGUCUGAUGCUGGCUGGGAGGAAUACUAUGACUACAUUUUCCCAGAAGAUACUGCCAAUCAGCCUAAUCUCAAACUGCUUGCUAUGGCUAAACUCUGGAAGAAGCAGCAACAGGAGAGCGAAGCUGCAGAGAUGGAUCCGGACAAAGACAUUGAUGAAAGCCAGUCUUAAUGCAUUGCCUUUCCCCGCCCCCUUUCUUGGGUAUUGUACAGUCUUUUCAUUGCUGACAAAUAAAUGGAUUUGGAGAGUUUUACUAUUA